AUUACCGAGACCAGAGCUGGACAAGCUUUACGCAGAGACUCUCCAGAUAUCAGUCGCGCAUCACCAGAGAGAUCUGUGCGCGCAUCUCCACACUGACGCGCAAAGACGCGCAACCUCUCCAUCCGCCUCACUCUUGAGAGAGCCAUCGAUGAGCACACAUCUGAUAGGAGGACAUCACAGGACAAGAGUUUCAGUCAAUCACUCACAGAGAUCACAUCGCAUCGGACUGCUGCUUUCCACGGUUUCGCCCUUGGAUGUGUGGACGCGUGCUGCCUUCAAGAGUUUCUCAUCAGUUGAAGUUCCCUGGAAGAAUGUGUUGGAAUUUUGUCUUUAUUUUCUGGAUGGAGAGACAUCGGUGCGCUCCCGCUGAACACGCAACAAACUAAACACCUGGAACUCUAGUGUUCUGCCCAAAGUCGUUCAUUUCUAAGGGAAUUAUUUCGAAAGGCAGCGAUCUACAGGCUGAACCCGCACAGAGAAAGGUAAUGAGGGAUCGCACCUGAAGAUGGAGCUUUUCUGGAUUUUAUUAUUUUCUGUAUUCCAUCGCUACGUGCAAUCGCAAGGAGUUUACGCUCCUGCAAAUGCUCAGAUCGUGCAUUCUGGGCAGACGUGUGUGGUGAAGGAGGACAACAUCAGUGAAAGGAUCUACACCAUUAGGGAGGGGGACACGUUAGUUCUACAGUGUCUGGUCAAAGGACACCCGCGACCUCAGGUGCGCUGGACCAAGACAGCAGGCAGCGCUUCCGACAAGUUCCAGGAGACGUCCAUCUUCAAUGAGACUCUACGGAUCCCCAACAUCCAGAGAGUGCAGGGCGGCCGCUACUACUGCAAAGCUGAGAACGGGGUGGGGGUGGCUGCCAUCAAGUCCAUUCGCGUAGAUGUGCAGUAUCUGGAUAAGCCUGUGCUCACGGUGCACCAGACGGUGGGUGAUGUACGAGGGAACUAUUAUCAGGAGAAAACAGUGUUUUUGCGCUGUACGGUAAACUCCAACCCCCCUGCUCGCUUUAUCUGGAAACGAGGAAAUAAACCAAUUGAACAGAGCAAAGACAAUGGAGUGGACAUCUAUGAGCCUCUGUACACACAGGGUGAGACAAAGGUGCUGAAACUGAAAAACCUCCGUCCACAGGACUUUGCUAAUUACACCUGUCAGGUGUCCGUCCGGAACGUGUGUGAUAUUCCAGACAGCUCAGUCACCUUUCGCCUUACCAACACCACCACUCCCCCUGCUCUAAAGCUGUCUGUGAACGAGACGUACGUGGUGGACCCGGGCCAAGACGUCACGCUGUCAUGUGAGGUAACGGCAGGCUUCCCCACACCUACGGUCACCUGGUCCCGGUACCCUGGGUUCCUCCCUCAGCGCUCCAUGAUCCGAGGUGGGUCCCUCACUAUCCGGUCCGUCACUCCUGCUGAUGCCGGCGUCUACAACUGCACAGCCGUCAACAAUGUGGGAAACCCUGCGAGAAGAACAGUCAGCCUCAUUGUGAGAACCAUGAAGAACUUAACAUUCCAGAUCACGCCGGACUCCAACAAAGACAGCGAGAGCAUACAGAUGGGUCGAGACCUCAAACUUUCCUGCCACGUUGACGCGCAGCCUCAGGACAAGGUGAACUACACCUGGUACAAGAACGGAGCUCUCAUCUACCCCACCGACAGCCUCAUUGUGCUGCGCAGCGACCCAGACAUGCCGCCCGGUACCAGCAGCCUGGAAAUCGUGGACAUGAAGUUCAGAGAUCAGGCCACCUACAGCUGCGUAGCCAACUUCCCCGGGAGCAGCGUUCCUGAACUGCGAGUGGACGUGAACAUCACACAGAGCAGCGUCGUUCCCCCUGUUCUGAGUGUGCCGGUCGGAGGGGCUGUGGUCAAUGUCAGUGAGGGCGGGACAGCAGAGCUUGUGUGUUUGGUCGAUGGUAAGCCCCGCCCACCGGUUCUGUGGUCUCGUGCCAACAAGGACCUGCCCAUGCCAUCGGGGGAUUGGGUGGUGGAAACACGCGAUGGACGUUUGCGACUGACCAAUGUGACGCGGGACAUGAUGGGAGCGUACCGCUGCCAAACCGCUCCUUACAAUGGCCUAAACAUCAAACGGCGACAGGCUCAGGUGCAGCUCAACGUGGAGUACCCUCCUGUUGUGGAUCCAGUCCUGUUGGAUGUCCGUUCUCAAACGCUUUCGACAGUCAAUCUCCGAUGCUUGGUUCUUAAAUCCAAUCCGAACCGAAUAGCCAGCGCCCACUGGUACCGUAACGGGAUGCCCAUCCGGACCCCACCGGUGGACCCUCAAAGUGUCCCUCAGCUUCGGUUCAAACUAGACACCACUAAUAACGGCACUUACGAGUGCAGAGUGAGCAAUGGAGUCGGGACCUCGACCUGCACCUUCAUUGUGUCUGCUCAGCCGUAUAAUGCAGAGUUUUACUACGACACUCCAAACCCCAUUCGCACCUUGAAGAACAAUUAUUCCUACAUCUUACAGUGGACUCAGAAAGAGCCCGGCGCUGUGGACAAAAUCAUUGGCUACUGGAUCAAUGUCCAACAGAACCGACAGACAGUUUUGUCCAAACAGAUCACCACUAAAGAGCCAGUGAAAGGUGUGCUGAUGUCCUACACACUGACGGACUUGCGUAUUCCCCUGCCAUAUGAGGUCAGCCUCACUCCCAUAACCAGCUACGGCACCGGAAACAUGGUCACGCGCACCAUCCAGUACUCAGAGCCCUACACUUAUCCAAGACCUUCAGAUCACGUGUGCGGGUUUGAGGACAUUAGGAUAUGUGGGUUUACUCAAGACCGCAGUGACGUGUUUGACUGGACCAGACAGAACCAUCUCACACAGAACCCCAAACGCUCAGUUAAUACAGGGCCGGAUACGGACAGGAGUGGGACAAAAGAAGGUUACUACAUGUACAUUGAGACAUCGCGGCCGCGUCAGGCCGGGGAUCGAGCUCGUCUCCUCUCUCCAUUAUAUAAUGUUACGGCAGCCCGAGGACCAACGGGGACCACCAGAACCCCCUAUUGUGUCUCCUUCUACUACCACAUGAAUGGAAAACAUAUUGGUACACUUAAUGUUCUGAUGAGGGUGAAGAGCAUCGCCACUGUGGACUCUGCCGUCUGGACUCUCUCUGGACACCAGGGAGCCGAAUGGAGGAAGGCGGAUGCUGAGAUCUAUCCCAGCGGACCCUUCCAGGUGGUGUUCGAAGGUAUCCGUGGAAACGGCUUUGAGGGAGACAUUGCUAUUGAUGACGUUUCUGUUACCAAGGGGAAAUGCAAACAAAAGGAUAGCGUGGACAAAACAGCAGUUCUGUCUGGGACACAGCAGAGUCUUCACCUCCUUCCUGCGAUCGUCCAGCUGCUCGGCACCAUCUGUCUGACGUUCCUCCUCAGAUGA